AUGAUACAUCAAGGAGCCAUGACGCUCGUCACACUGCUGGCAUACGCCAGUUCAGUCUCUGCCACAGGCCUUCUAGGCUAUGGCACAAACAUCUACGAUCCCCUCUGCGCAGAAUCCUGUCUUCGAUCCUUCGCCCCUCUAAAACUCUCAUGCUCUAUCGUCACAAGCCAUGGCGCUCAUAAGAGAGCAACUGCUUCACCGGUCUUCACUCCGCCAAAGUGCAAGGCUAACAAUGAUGCGUUCCUUACAUCUGUUGCUUCUUGUUUCAAAGACAAGUGUUCAGAGGAGAAAAUGUCUAAACUUGAACUCUUCUGGGAGGAGUCGGUGACGGGAACUAAGGAUGUUCCUGCGAAGUGGACUUACAAUGAGGCUCUUGCAGAGGUUGAGGAGAAGCCUGCAAAGUAUCAGCUCAAGCCAAUGGAGUUUUCUCUUAAUGAGACUUCGAUCGUUGAGCCGAUGACUUAUCUGAAGCAAUGGAAUCAACUUGGAGGUUACAAGAAUGAGAUGAUGAUUGAGUCAAGAUACAGCAUCGCACUAGUUGUCCUUGCAGUUGGCCUACCAAUCGUCAUGACCUGGCUGGGCCACAUGCCCUUCAUUCCCACAAUCUACGACAAACUCAAACCAUACAUCCUGUACCCCAGCACAAUAGGAACCUACUCCGUCCGUCCUCUGCCCUUCAAACUGGGCAACGUACCCAACAUCGGUCAAGCACUCUACAUUAUCAUCUUCAUCUCUCUCACCGUCGUCUUCACGGCCGUAGAGUAUGAUGUCCGUCAACCCAACGGGCGUUUUGACAGCACCAAGCGUGAGCGGGCUGCUUAUCUCGUGUACCGCACUGGAUCCUUCGCGUAUGCUCUCCUUCCGGUCAUUGUUUUGUUUCCUGCGAGGAACAAUAUCCUUCUUUCCGUAUCGAAUUGGUCGCGAUCAACUUUCAUUCUACUCCACAGAUGGGUUGGACGCAUUUUUACGCUCCUUGCUGUUCUUCACGGCUGCUUUGCUCUAGCUGGAUCUAAGAAUCUUGGAUCAGCGGAUUGGAGACGCUGGGGCUCCAUGACCCUUGUUCUCUCCGUUAUCACCACCUUUGGAAGCGGUCUUUACUUCAGAAAGGCAAACUAUGAACUUUUCCUGUUGAUGCACAUCAUCUUGGCUGUUUUCAUUGUCGUUGGCUGCUGGUACCACCUCAUCAUGCGAUACGAGGCUAUCGGCAUGAGUUUCCCGGACCAUACGUACGGUCAGGAAAUUUGGCUGUACAUGGCAAUUGCUAUCUGGUUCUUUGAACGUCUUGUUCGAGUCCUUCGUGUUGUUAGACUUGGUAUCUUGAGAUCUAAAGUCAAGGACAUUGGAGCUGGAUACGUCAGGAUCGACAUCCCUCAUAUUCGCUGGGGUUUGGAUCCUGGAAAGCACGUCUUUGUGUACUUCCCAACUCUCGCUCCUCUAAGACCCUGGGAGAAUCAUCCCUUCUCUGUCAUUCCCACUGUCGCUCUUCGAAGUCACGGAUCAUCUUCAUCACCAACCUCCCCCAUCUCACCAGGCGGUUCUUCCGGUCUUGAAGAUCUCGAAAAGUCAGUGACACAAAUCGGUUCUCGCUCAGUCUUACCAUCAGCAGAGAGCUCAGCCGGAGUAACCCUCUUCGUCAAGAAAUCCUCCGGCAUAACCAAACACCUCCGAAGCCACGACAAACUCUUCACAUUCCUCGAAGGUCCCUACCCAGGCAACGACACACGUCAAAUCCUGCGCUGCGACAGACUUCUCCUCAUCGCAGGCGGCGUGGGCAUAACCAGUGUCUUCGCCCUAGUGCACAACCACUGGAACGUCAAACUCGCCUGGGCUGUUAAGGAAGAUGCGCGGUGUCUCGUCAACGAACUUGAGCCCGCGAUGGACGCUAUCAGCACAGCACAGAUUGACGUCAGAGUGGGAUCAAGGUUCGAUGUAACGGCUCUUAUUGAUGAAGAAGCUUCACGAGGAUGGGAGCGUGUGGGAAUUGUUGUUUCGGGACCGGGAUCGCUUUGUGAUGAUGUUAGAGCUGUUGUUGCUGGUAUUGCGAGGAACUCCAAGACUGUUUUUGAGUUGGAAGUUGAUGCAUACUCUUGGUAG